AUGUCCAACAAAAACGGGGAAUGUCCCUCUCCAGCCUUAGGCGUAGGCCCCGACUACCGCCCAGCCAACGAAAAGCCAACAGCAACAGUCUCCCGCCAAGUCAAAAACCAACCAAACGUCCAUAUCCUUCCUCAAACACCACAGCUCAUCGCUCUUCUCACCAUGAUCCGCGACGAGAAUACUCAACGUGCGGACUUUAUCUUCUACAGUAAUCGGAUCAUCAGGCUCCUAGUCGAGGAAGGACUGAACCACCUCCCUGUCGUGCCGCAUACUGUGACUUCCCCGGUAGGUAAGGACUAUACUGGCGUGAGGUUUGAGGGAAAGAUCUGUGGCGUGAGUAUUAUGCGGGCUGGGGAGUCAAUGGAGCAAGGUCUUAGAGAGUGCUGUCGAAGUGUGAGAAUUGGCAAGAUUCUCAUUCAGCGGAAUGAGGAGACGAGUCUGCCAAAGUUGUUCUACGAGAAACUGCCUCCAGAUAUCAAGGAUCGCUGGGUGCUACUACUGGAUCCUAUGCUUGCUACGGGUGGAAGUGCGAUCAUGGCGGUGGAAGUGCUGAAGGGAAAGGGUGUGCCUGAGGAAAGAAUCUUGUUCUUGAAUUUGAUUGCCAGUCCUGAAGGUAUCGCCAAUUUCCUGGAGAAGGUGCCGAAGGUGAGAGUCAUUACUGCUUUUGUGGAUCAGGGCUUGAAUGGCAAGAACUAUAUCGUGCCUGGAUUGGGUGAUUUCGGCGAUCGUUUCUAUACUCUGUAA